AUGCAGAUCGGUUAUAGCCCCGGUGACAUUUAUACCUGCAUCAGACUUGCGAAUGAUCUGCGGAAACGAUUCAAAUAUGCACCGUCGCAGUAUAGGAUCAUUUCUGAGGAAGUCGAAACAUUAUCAAAUAUAUUCCAAUCUAUAACAGCGGAGCAUCAUGAUCAUCAUUUGAGUGAACAGCAAAAAGAUACUCUCAGUGACAUUACAAAAAGAUGCCAACUUAUCCUGGGGGAGGUUCGAAAGAAACUGGACUAUUACGCGGAAUUUGAUGGCACCAAGAAUUUCCUCGGCGCAGUGCAGCUAUUUUGGAAGCGCUUCUUAUGGGACGAAAAAGAAGCCACAGGAUUUCGAGAACAGAUUCGUCAAAGGGUGAAUGACCUAACUCUGUUAUUGGGACACCUGAAUUUGUAUGAUCCUUGGCGAGGUUUGAGUUGGAUAGUUCUAACUAUAACUAGGCAAGUGAUCCAAGACACCAAAUAUCUGACAAUUUCCAAUCGGAAAGGAGUCGAACAGAUCGUGCAGCAUGUCAAUGAGAAGGACCGACUUGAUCUUAUGAAGUGGCUCUCUCCGAUCAAUAGUGCAGCAAAACAAGCCGAUACUUUGAAGCUUCGGCACAAAGGUACCGGGCGAUGGUUCCUCGAAACGGACGAAUUCUCCAUUUGGUUCAAUCAAGCUCAAAAACAAAGGGAACGACGCACCCUUUUCUGUCAGGGUGCUCCGGGAACUGGAAAGACGCUGAUGAUGUCCACUGUGAUUGACGAACUCCGUCGUCGCAUACGGCAUGAUAGUAAGAUCCGGUUGGCAUACUUCUAUUUCGAUUACCGUGAGGAACUUACAAUUGAGGAAAUACUCGCCAACCUCCUCAAGCAACUUAUCCAGCACGCAAUGGUACCACAUCGACUGAAGUCUCUAUAUGAGAGUCACCGGAAGUACGAAACUCAUCUUACCUUGGAGGAGAUCUUGGAGCUCCUGGAAUCUACAAUUUCGGAAUCUUCGAAGGUGUUCAUCGUCAUAGACGCUUUGGACGAAUGCCGAUUACCUCACAUCGACCAACAAGAAUUACUCACUCGUAUCUCUGAGUUCCAAGAUAUUCACAACUUAGGCUUCCUGGCCACCUCCAGAGACAACCCAGACAUCUCAGACAUGUUCCCGAACUGUCCACGUCUUAGGGUUGAAGCAAAAGACACGGAUAUUAAACCAUUCGUGGAAACCUCUUUAAAUCAUUUCUGUUGCGUCAAAGAGUCACCGGAUCUACGGGAAGAAAUAGUCGCGGCUAUCAUAAAUGCCGCUGAUGGGAUGUUUCUCCUUGCCAGUCUACAACUCGGCUCCUUAGAAAAGCUGUCUCCAGAUGAGGUCCGCACACAACUAAAAAAUCUCCCUCCGGCAUUGGAUGAGGCAUACUCAGAGACCUUGGAAAGGAUCGAGAGCCAAUCUCAUGAAAAUGUCCGAAAAGCCAAACAAGUCUUGCUCUGGAUAGCGUGUGCAUCCAGGCCAUUGAGCCCGCAUGAAGUGCAGCAUGGCAUAGCUAUCAACGUCGGGGAAUCUAAACUUGGCAAAGGGAAACUCACCAAUAUAGAUGACCUGGUUUCCCUAUGUGCAGGUCUGGUCAGGGUUGAUGAGCAAACCGAUGUUAUUCGAUUGGCCCAUUACACUACGCAGAAAUACUUGGAUGACAAACGAGAAAGAUAUUUUCUGGACCCGCACUCGCAAAUUGCCCAUAAAUGUCUCGCCUAUCUCUGUCUGGACAGCUUUCAAACAGAGCCCCCUGAGUCGCGUCGUGAAUACCUAGCUCGUCAAAAACAAUAUCCACUGUAUGCGUACUCCGCUGAAAAUUGGGGCUACCAUGCGCGACAGGCAUAUGUCAGUGUUGAAGGGAUGGUCAAAAUAUUUCUUCACAAUCACCUCGCACUCAAGAACUCCCUUCAGGUUCUGCGGGUAGAUCACCUUUUCCCAAUAUACAAGAACACAAUCCUGAGCAAGUUUUCGGCUUUGCAUUCCGCUGCGUGGUUUGGGCUUGACGAGUGCAUCUUGGAUCUUUUGACGGACAAAUCUGUUAUUGAUGAUAUAGACGAUGACGGACAAACUGCAUUGCACUGGGCUGCCCGAAACGAGCGAAUCAGCACAGUCGAACUCCUCCUGCAACACGGUUCCAGGCUCAAUUUGGUAGAUAAAGAAGGAAAAGGUGCGAUCCAUCAUGCUAUCAAUAAAGGGGAGGCACGUUUGCUUCGAGUUCUUGGUGACAAUGGCGCAAACCUGGAACUUGCGGACAACAGAGGUCAAACACCUCUCCUAAACGCAGUGGAGACCAUGGCAGUGGAAGCUACGCAGAUUUUAUUAGAGAUGGGAGCUGAAGUUGGGGCUUUAAACCUCAUGAAGCAGAAUGUUCUGCACUUGGCUGCCUUAGGUGGGAAGGAUGAUGCACUCCAGGUGAUAACCUUGCUCUUCUCUCACAACGGUUGUCCAAGCCCUGGUGUAACCGACUUGGAUAACAUGACACCACUUCAUUAUGCUGUGGCCAAAGGUCACCAAAAGCUCGCCAAAUUGCUACUUCAGAAUGGAGCAGACAUAAAUUUUGGGAUCCAAAGGAACUGCGCAGGCUACCCAAUGGGGAAUCACCAUAACACUUGGGGUCUGACCCCGUUGCAUUUUGCUGCACUUGCAGGAAGUUCAACUAUGACCAAGUUCCUUCUCUCCGAAGGUGCAGAUGUGAAUGCGCGCUGCCAAUAUGGGGAUACCCCUUUGCAUCUCACUCUCCGCAAGGCUGUGUUGGAUCUGGACAGGAUGCCCUCAUCAAGUCCUUCAGACUUUAUGUGUGGUAGCAUCCCCAGAAUACAAGAUGCGUGGUCUGACGGUAGAUGGAAAAUUGAGUGCCUUAAGGACUUGAUUGACGACCAUGAAAGCGAAGAAACCGCCGAAAUAUAUGAUAUAAUCUCUGAAGAGCGAAUGAAGGUUCUCAGGUCUAUCGUGACGCACCCCGACAUCGACGUUGACUUGGGAAAUCUCAAUCAAGAGACCCCAAUGCACCUUAUUACUAUCGACCAACAUGAUUCUAUCGCUGUUUUUUCCCAGCUGGCUAAGAAGUCUCCACGGACGUGUAUUCGCAACAUGCAAGGACAAACCCCGUUACACAUUGCGUGCCUCAAAGGGGAUGAGAAGAUAGCGCGCCAACUUCUACGUUUGGAUUCUUCAUCCGCAUUCGAGUGCGAUUUACAAGGACACAACCCUUUGCAUUGUGCCAUCCGCUCCGAAAACAGGAAGUUGGUGAAAGCGCUCCUAGGCCAUUUUGACAAGCAAGGUCGGAGCGCGCGCACCGAGGUGGAUGGCAAAGGGAACAAUUUGCUGCACUUCUACCUAGAGGACACGUUAUGUUUCCCAAGAAUGGUUCAUUUCCUUAUGGGUUAUGGAGUGAACGUGAACCUUCUUAACGCUGAAGGGGAUUCGCCCCUCAGCAUGUAUUUACGGUCAUUCCAUUUGGGGAAUAAAAAGGAAAUCUGCGAGCUGCUGAUAAAAAACGGUGGUGAUCCGCUAUGGAGAAACAGUCUGGGAGAAAACCUGGCUCAUGUCCACAUGCAUUCUUUCGUGGAGGAUUGCGAGGUUUUCCGGAUCUUGAAACAUUCCGGUGUCGAUAUAUUUUCCAAGGACCACAGCAACAAGAGCAUACUUCAUCACGCAGCAAUACAUGGUUCACUUGGCGAAAAAGUGGUAGUCGCCCUGCAUGACUACCACGGCUCGGACCUUUAUCUGCCUGAUAUUGAUGGAAUGACACCGCUUAUGUACGCAGAAAAACGUGCCAGUGAACAGAUUGAAGAUGAGAAUUUGGUUGGCGAAGGCAGCCGAAUCACUCUAGAGUUCUUGCGAAAGAUGGAGCGAAACGUAUUGGAAGCCGAGGACUAG